AUGGCAGGCAAAAAGCGGGAAAUCCAGUUACAGACUGUCAUCAACACCCAAAGCCUCUGGGAGGAGAUGUUGCAGAACAAAGGCGUAACAGUGAUCGAUGUUUACCAAGCCUGGUGUGGACCCUGCAAAGCAAUGCAAACGUUGUUCAGGAAAUUGAAAAAUGAGCUGAACGAAGAGGAAAUUCUGCAUUUUGUUGUAGCUGAAGCUGACAGCAUUUUGGCCUUGCAGUCAUUUAGAGAUAAUUGUGAACCUGUUUUUCUUUUUAGUGUUAAUGGCAAAAUUAUUUCAAAGAUCGAGGGUGCUAAUGCACCACUUGUUAAUCAAACAAUUAUUAACUUGGUGAAUGAGGAGAGGAAAAUUGUAGCAGGUGAAAUGGAUCGCCCUCAGUAUCAUGAAAUUACACUUGUAGACUCAAAUGCAGAUGCUAGGAAAGGAUCCAAAGAAUCUAUGGACCGAAUAUACAGUAUUGCUAUUAUCAAACCCGAGGCUAUGAAUACUGGAAAAACUAUAGAAAUUAAAGAAAAUAUUGCCAAUGCAGGAUUUGUCAUAGAAGCAGAAGAUAAUAGAGUGCUCACUGAAAACCAAGUGAGGGACUUCUAUAGGCAAAAAUCAGAGCAGCCUGAUUUUGAAGAGUUUGUCUCAUUAAUGACAAAUAGACUAAGCUAUGUUCUAGUGGUAUCUCGAAGCAAUGAACAAGAAUUUGCCUUGAAAGAAGAAAAUAUAACUGAACCUGAGACCGAACUGCAAGAACCACCUGAGGAACAACCUGAGAUGGACACACCUCCAGUGGUGAAGAAAAAGUGGGGCAGCACUUUAGAAGAAUAUCUGGAUAAAGAAAAUAUACAUGAGUUUUGUGAUGUUGAAGAGGAUGAAGAAAAUGUUCAUAAGUUUAUUGAUCUCUUCUUCCCUGAUUUCAAAAACAUAAAAUUAGAAAAGAUACUGGUAUUACUUCGACCAGAUCUCUUUCAAGAAAAGAAAGAGGAUGUUUUGAGUAUUAUUCUAAAUGAAGGCUUUCUUAUACUGAUGCAAAGACAACUGGUGUUAACAGAAGAAGAGGCACGAAUACUGUGCAAGGAAUAUGAAAAUGAAGAUUAUUUUGAAAAUGUGAUAGAAAACAUGACCAGUUUGUGUGUACAAUUUGCAAUGGAAAGUUUGCCUAUCAACCAGUUUUAUGGAAGUGACUCAUUAGAACUUGCUGAGAGGGACAUCCAGUAUUUCUUUCCUCCUCAACAAACUUUAGCACUGAUUAAACCUCACGUAACACCUGAACAAAGAGAGGCGAUCUUACACCGUAUUAAAGAAGCUGGAUUUGAAAUAACACAAAUGAAGGAAAUUCUACUCAAAGGGAAUGUUGACAAAAUUUAUUAUAAAAUAGCAAAUAAAUUUUUUUAUAACGAUGUAGUGGAGGCAUUAUCUGAGGGUCCAUCUUUGGUCAUGGUUCUGAGCAAGUGGAAUGCUAUUUCAGACUGGAGACGAUUGAUGGGUCCCACAGAUCCGAAUGAAGCAAAGUUGUUGUCCCCAGACUCUAUCCGAGCCCAGUUUGGAACAAGUACUUUGAGAAAUGCUGUCCAUGGAUCAACGAAUGCCGCUGAGGCAGUGCAAGGAAUUUAUAAUAUAUUUGAAGAGAUUGUUCCUGAGAAUCCUGAGAAUCCCGAGGAAAACUAA